UUCGGGGCCGACCACGCAUUCGAGAACGGGCAGGGUACGACGGGCGGAAUCAUGGAUUACGGAGAUGGCAGGUAUGAGGGCAUCUACCAGUUCAACACGGAAUCUACCAAGGACGACAUUUGUCCCGUUGUCUCAGCUCGUGUCGAUUCGGGCUGCGAUGCCCUCACGUACUACGACGCUGUGUGCGGGAACGAGCUCGUGGAGGACGGGGAGGAGUGCGAGUGCGCGGGGGGUGCCCUGUCGUGCAGCUUCUGCAAUAAUUGCGUCCUCGACUCGGGGAAGGACUGCACCCCGUCUGCGCCCGUCGGUGCCGACUGCUGCAACUGCGACGGCACCUUCAAGUCCAGCAAGGAAACGUGCAGCGUCUGGACUGGCGCCACCGGCUACUGCGACCGGGGAUCGUGCGAGCGCGUCUGGUGCACGGGAGGGUUUUAUUUCGCCUCCAAUUUUAUAAUGAACGACUUCUGCGGCCUGCACGCGAACAACGACUGCAAGAUCAACUGCGACCUCGAAGGGACUGGCUGUACACCCAUGUGGGGGUACACGGGAAGUAUUGGGCAAGACGGGGUGCUGAACACGCUUGACGACGGAACACCUUGCGAGUCGGGCCAGGGUGUGUGCAUAAGCGGCACCUGCGUCGGCAACAACGUCCCGGCGCCAACGCCGACGGGGUGUACGAUGUCGAUUGUCGGCAACACUUGUGACACGUAUUGGGAAAAGUACGGACAAACUUGUGCGCAGAGGGAAAAUGCUGGCUGGGACUGCUCUGGGUGCAACUGCGCUGGUGACACUUGGUUUGAUCCGGUGCCAACGGUCCAAUGCAGUCCGACGCCAGCCCCACCUCCGACUCCACCUGUGACUCCAUCUCCGACUCCACCAAUGACUCCAGCUCCAACCGUGCCGACAGUCGCGCCGACUCCAGUGCCAACUGCAGAGCCGACUCCAGCUCCCACUCCACCGCCGUCUCCAGCGCCCACUCCGAACUUGCCACCCUGCGUUGGAGCAUAUGCGGACCUCUUCGUAAACGCCUAUUACGCUGAUGAGCCCGACGGAUGCGCCACGUAUGGAGAGUUCUGGCCAAACCCGAACGGUGAGAAUGUUAUUGGCGGGAGCCAUAGCUAUUGCGAUGACGACACGAAUACUUUUGAUGGAGUCGAAUACACAGCAGAUCAGAUCUGCUCAGAGUGCAACCAGUGCUGGGAUCAGCCACCAACGCCGGCUCCGCCACCAACGCCAGCGCCCACUCCGAAUUUGCCAUUCUGCGUUGGAGCAUAUGCGGACCUCUUCGUAAACGCCUAUUACACUGAUGAGCCCGACGGAUGCACCACGUAUGGAGAGUUCUGGCCAGGCCCGGACGGUGAGACUAUUGGCGGGAGCUAUUCUUAUUGCGAUGACGACACGAAUACUUUUGAUGGAGUCGACUACACAGCAGCUGAGAUCUGCGCAGAGUGCAACCAGUGCUGGGAUCAGCCACCAACGCCGCCUCCGCCACCAACGCCAGCGCCCACUCCGAAUUUGCCAUUCUGCGUUGGAGCAUAUGCGGACCUCUUCGUAAACGGCUAUUACACUGAUGAGCCCGACGGAUGCACCACGUAUGGAGAGUUCUGGCCAGGCCCGGACGGUGAGACUAUUGGCGGGAGCCAUAGCUAUUGCGAUGACGACACGAAUACUUUUGAUGGAGUCGACUACACAGCAGCUGAGAUCUGCGCAGAGUGCAACCAGUGCUGGGAUCAGCCACCAACGCCGCCUCCGACAUACUCGCCGCCUCCGACGCCAGCCCCAACUUUUGCUCCGACGCCGGCUCCGACGCUGGCGCCGACAUCACCGCCAGCGCCGACGCCGCCGCCGUUGUGCAGGGCUUGGUGCGAUACAGAUUCGGACCCGUCCCAGUGCGACUGGGGCGCUUGCAACGGCUGCUCUGCGUGCAUUCCGCCGUCUGCAGCGCCGACUCCAGCGCCACCGACUCCAGCGCCGCAGCCGACUGUAGCAGCUACGCCAGCACCUACGCCAGCACUUACGCCAGCACCUACGUCAUCACCUACGCCAGUACCUACGUCAGCACCUACGUCAGCACCUACGCCAGCACCACCUACGUCAUCACCUACGUCAGCACCUACGUCAGCACCUACGUCAACACCUACGCCAGCACCUAUGCCAGCACCUACGCCAGCACCUGCGCCAGCACCUACGCCAGCACCUGCGCCAGCACCUACACCAGCACCUACGCCAGCACCGCUUCAGACGUCAGCACCUACGCCAGCACCUACGCCAGCACCACCUACGCCAGCACCUACGCCAGCACCGCCUCCGACGACAGCACCAACGCCAGCGCCAACGGCUGAACCCGUCUACGCCAUGAUCUACAGUGUAGGAAAGUGCAAAGGGACCGGGACCACGACCACGGCGGGCAGCCUCGAGGAAUGUGCCAUCCUGUGCGACGCACAAGGGGGUUGCCUCUUCUUGAGCUAUUCUGCUGGUUCUGGGGACUGUAAGCUUUCUCAGGACUGUGACGACGUCGGUGCAGACCCGAGCUACAGCGUGUACCAGAUUGGCGCAACCCCGGCUCCAACUUUGGCACCAACGCCACUGACAUGGGGCAUCUACGCUACUGGAAAGUGCAAGGGUGUCGCGACGUCGCACAUUACUGGGAUGACCGUCGCGGAAUGCGGCAGUUUGUGCGGGCAGUCGAACGGCUGCAUGUUCUUCAGCCACUCCGCGACGGAAUGCCAUGUGCAUCCUAGCUGUGCCGACGUGAACCCAUACCUAACGGACUUCACAAUCUACCACUUGGCGUUGACCAUGGCGCCCACCUUCGCGCCAGGGGUCCCAACACCAGCGCCCACCCCGGUGACGUAUGGGAUCUACGACACAGGAAAGUGCAAGGGCUCUGGCACGACGGACGAUUCCGGACUGACCGUCGAGCAGUGCGGUAGCCUGUGCGCGCAGUCGAGUGGUUGCAUGUUCUUCAGCUACUCCGCGACGGAGUGCAAGCUGAGUGACACCUGUGGCAGCAUCAACUCGUUCGAUACGGACUUCACAAUCUACCACUUGGCGUUGACCCUGGCGCCCACCUUCGCGCCAGGGGUCCCGACACCUGCGCCCACCCCGGUGACGUAUGGGAUCUACGACACAGGAAAGUGCAAGGGCUCUGGCACGACGGACGAUUCACUGACCGUCGAGCAGUGCGGUAGCCUGUGCGCGCAGUCGAGUGGUUGCAUGUUCUUCAGCUACUCCGCGACGGAGUGCAAGCUGAGUGACACCUGUGGCAGCAUCAACUCGUUCGAUACGGACUUCACAAUCUACCACUUGGCGUUGACCCUGGCGCCCACCUUCGCGCCAGGGGUCCCGACACCUGCGCCCACCCCGGUGACGUAUGGGAUCUACGACACAGGAAAGUGCAAGGGCUCUGGCACGACGGACGAUUCCGGACUGACCGUCGAGCAGUGCGGUAGCCUGUGCGCGCAGUCGAGUGGUUGCAUGUUCUUCAGCUACUCCGCGACGGAGUGCAAGCUGAGUGACACCUGUGGCAGCAUCAACUCGUUCGAUACGGACUUCACAAUCUACCACUUGGCGUUGACACUGGCGCCCACCUUCGCGCCAGGGGUCCCGACACCUGCGCCCACCCCGGUGACGUAUGGGAUCUACGACACAGGAAAGUGCAAGGGCUCUGGAACGACGGACGAUUCCGGACUGACCGUCGAGCAGUGCGGUAGCCUGUGCGCGCAGUCGAGUGGUUGCAUGUUCUUCAGCUACUCCGCGACGGAGUGCAAGCUGAGUGACACCUGUGGCAGCAUCAACUCGUUCGAUACGGACUUCACAAUCUACCACUUGGCGUUGACCCUGGCGCCCACCUUCGCGCCAGGGGUCCCGACACCUGCGCCCACCCCGGUGACGUAUGGGAUCUACGACACAGGAAAGUGCAAGGGCUCUGGCACGACGGACGAUUCCGGACUGACCGUCGAGCAGUGCGGUAGCCUGUGCGCGCAGUCGAGUGGUUGCAUGUUCUUCAGCUACUCCGCGACGGAGUGCAAGCUGAGUGACACCUGUGGCAGCAUCAACUCGUUCGAUACGGACUUCACAAUCUACCACUUGGCGUUGACCCUUGCGCCCACCUUCGCGCCAGGGGUCCCGACCCCUGCGCCCACCCCGCUGGCCUACACGCUGUGGAAUGCGGUCGGGAUGUGCAAAGGAUCUCCGCUGGCAUUUCCCACCGCAGCGGACCUUCAGGCCUGCGGGGUCGCCUGCUUGGCUCAGUCGGGCUGCGCGUACUUCAGCUACGCGAGCAGCUCCGGAGGCUGCAAGCUCACCUCGUCGUGCGACAGGAACAAGUGGAUGACAGACUACGCGAUCUACGAGCUGGGCGCUUGAGCUCGGCGCUUCCGCAGCAGUAUCCGUUCAACCUGAAGCAGCCCAUGUGGCUCAGCAACAUUUUGAAUUUCAUAAACGUAGAUGUUAUCUAGAACUUCGCUGGCGCAUCACCACAGAGCUCACGCUAGCCCGCACGCGCCCUGUCGGCGCGCGCGACGUGGUGGCGCGGAACGGCCCCAGGCCUCCGAGGGAUGACGCUCUUAUCGGUUUCACGGCGCCGUCUCGCAGUCUCGGCCUCUCGGGGAGCCGCGGUCGACAACCUCAGGGCCAUCCAGCUGUGGGGCUGGGGCUGCAGCCCACAAGGCUCGGGGGGGCGGUCGGGGGGCCCCCUCGAGCUGCACGCCCAGACAUGCUCGCGCCGUUGUAAAAUUGACGACGCGAGACUUGUGGCCGUUUUCGGCCUCGGGGGCCCUCGCCAGGUUUUGGGACCGUCGG